AAGAAAUUCUUGGUCCAAAAUCUAAUUCAUCGAAGAAAAUUACUAAAAAACAAAAUAAAAGAAAGGUUCGAACUGCGAAAUUUAAAAGAGGUCAAGUUAUGAGCAAUGAUAAAGAAAGAGAUUAUGUAGACAUUUUUAUAGGGAAAUCAACUUAUAAAAAACCUUUGAAUGAGGAAUAA